ACUACGUUAAUUCAAUCGGUUCCUGUUUCUUAUUUUGAUGAUGAAUACACUCUUACUCCGAAAGAUCUCCCGAAUUCAUCUCCCUUAUUAAUUUACUCGGCUUCUGUAGUACCAAAUUCUUAUAUUCCUGAUAAUAAAGGGGUCAGGAAAGUUUUAUGUUGGCAAGGCAUUCAAAAAGAAACUUCUUCUACUGAAUCUCCUCUUUUACAAUCUACUUCGCAGGCUAUUAGUACAGAACCUAACACUAAAACUCCUAUUCACCUUGUGCCUCAUGUAAAUGAAAAUACAACAUUUACUGAUGAUAAUGAUUCUACCGAACUCGUAUAUACUGAUACUCCUGUUCCUCAAAACGAAAAACUUGAUAAUAAUAGAAAGCGUUUAAGGCCACUUUUAUCUGCAAAAAAAUAG